UAAAGAGUCUGUCUCCUUUCUUACAGCCCUCCCUUAUAUAUCAAAAGGCCGCUCCCGGAGCCUUCUCCAGGCUGAACAGCCCCAUCUCUCUCAGCCUGCCCUCACAGGGAUGUGUUUCAUCCCUUGGGUCAUUUCUGUGGCCCUUCUCUGGAUGCACUCCAACAGCUCCAUGGCUCUCCUGUACUGAGGACUCUACAUCAGGAUGCAGUACUCCAGAAUGACUUCCUUUUGUGUGAUGAAACUUUUAUGCCAAACAACCAGAAGUGAGACUGGAUAUGCAAAACGAUUCUGUGGUACUUUCCUGUCACGGACAACACAAAAGGGAGUUUUCCCUCCAUUCUGGAUGGUGGUACCUGACCCUAGAAAGACAAAUGUGCUUGUAUUUGCUCAGCCAUUUUGUACAGCUGAAAAAUCUCACAAAGAUCCUAAAAGGAAAGCAGCAUUUGGAAGCGUUGGGCGAAGAAUUCCGUAUCGGAUUUUGCACGUAAUCAACCAGGAUGGAGAGAGCUUAGGAGAUAUGCACCGAGCAGAGGCACUCAGACUGAUGGAUGAACAUAACCUGAAACUGGUUCUGCUUCGUGAGAACGCAGAACCUCCUGUGUACAGACUGAUGACUGGGCAACAGAUUCAUGAGGAGAAGCUGAAACGUGCAGAGAAAGAAAAAGCAAGUCCAAAAACAGUGCUGGUUCAGAAGGAGUUAUCCUUCUCUUCAGCUAUUGCCAAGAAUGACUUGGAGACCAAGACUAAACAGAUAACACACUGGAUUGAAAAGAAAUACCAUGUUAAAGUGACUAUCCGACAGGGAAGAGACAGCAGUACAGACACGUUCACGCUUUUUGAUCAGAUUUUGGAGGCUAUAUCUGACAAAGCCACUUAUCUUUCCAAGCCUAAAGCCAUUAAGGAAGGAACAAGUAUGUGCAUUCUGAGACACAUGUCUGACAAAGAGUUGAAAGCAUACCAGAAGAUGGAAAAACAGAAAAACAGUAUGGUAAAGAAAGAUGAAAAUGAAGAGCCAAAGUCAAGCGAGCUGCAUGAAUGACUUUAUGAGGAGGUACAAACAAUACUAUUACAAAAAGGACUAUAAAAUAAAGGUUUUUUGCUGGA